AUGUCCGGGAGCCUCAUGUUCUCGCUGCCCGAGCCCCCGACGACGGCUUCGCUACACGCUGCUCGCGAACGCCUGGCUUCUGAUGGCGUCGCGCUCUCUGAUCUUCAGGCCCGCAUCACUGCUGCUGAGCGCAAGCUGGCCGAGACAAUAGCCGAGCAGCGAGCUGCUAUAUACGCUCUGCAGGCUGAACACACCGAGCUUCGGCGCACGGUGGAACACACGCGAGGCUAUCUCGCGCCCAUCAAAAGGCUGCCGCGCGAGCUGUUGCAGGAGGUCUUUCUUUGGAACUGGGAGGAGCAGCCCUGUGUAGGGUGGGUCUUGAGUUCAAUAUGUAGGCUGUGGAGAAGGACGGCGCUCGGAAUGCCAAUGCUCUGGACCAAGAUUCGGCUCGUGACUACCCCCAGUUCGUCGCCCGAUACGAUACGCCUAUGGCUCGAGCGCGCCGGCCCGUCGCUGCCGCUCGACAUCGAGAUAUUCCUGAGAGUCGCACGCCCGCCCCAGAGACGCCGAACGCCACAACUCCAUCCCCUGCCUAAUCCCGGUCCGGCCCACUAUCAAGCGCCCAGCCCGCCCAAUGAGCUCGGACUUUUGGUGGACGACGAUGAAUCGCCUCAUCCUCACGAUGACAUGCCGGGGCUCGAAGAUGUCCCUCCUCCGCCAAAUCAGAGCACUUGGGUCUGGCUGCCACCCAGUACCGGAACGCUCCCGCCCUCUCCGACUUUCUUCCCGCCUUCUCCCGUACCAACUGGAUGGCACGCACCGCCACCUCCCCUUCCUCCCAUACCCUAUUCACGACGCAGCAGCCGAUAUCAGGCCCCAGACGACGGCAGCGCCUGGGGACAUGUUGCGAUAUACUACCUGACAAGUCAAAUGCCGCGCUGGGAGCGCUUUAUCUUCCGAUUCGACAAACAGUUCUCAUCGUGGAACGCCCUCAAAACUAUCUCCGGCGGCAAUGCACCGCUAUUGCGCGAAUUCGAGGUCGCGUGCGCUGAAGCGGCAUACUACGGCGACUGGCCAUGGUUACCGAGCGCCUCGCCCAAUACGCCUGUCCAACUUCCAGCUCUACGAAGCUUGACGCUCGCGAACGCGCCAUUCAAAUGGAAUAGCCCCAUGUUGCGCCCGAACCUGACGAAGCUCAGCCUCCGCGCGCUGCCGAGUAGCAACAUCGCGCUGGACCGCGUGUUGUCUCUCGCGCGCUCCAAUCCCAAUCUCGAGGAGAUGGAUCUGUACUUCUUGAAUGUACUCCCCGCCGUGCUUCCCCUCUCGCAAUUGACACUCCCGCAUCUUCACACACUCGCCAUCGGCGGUCACUACACGCUGACCUCGCUACUCGAUACGCUCGUUCUACCGGCGCUCGGUAACCUUGCGCUUGACAUCGAAGCACGCGAUCCUUUCGACGAUCACCUCGCUCAGCUCUUCCAACGCAGUCAGAGCCCGCCCUUACACACGCUAAGCCUAGGUUACGCCGGAGCAGCUCAUGGCGGGCCGCCGUACUAUUACAACGCCGGUGGUCUGGUCGGUGGCUGGGCAUGGCUCGAGCACUGUGACUCAUUGACUACGCUCCGUGUCGGCAGUGCGCCUCUCGAACCACUCGUCACAGCCCUCGGAUCUCCAGACGAUGAGGAUGAAGAUGGUCCCAUUCCUGUCUUCGCAGGAGGAGAUCAAUGGCUCUGUCCGAAGCUCACCGCGCUCUGUCUCAAGUCAUGCCCCGCACAUCCCGAUGGUGUCCCUAAGCUCGUACAUCUCGUCGAAAAACGCAAUCCACCUACGAACGGAAGUUCGAGCAACAGCGGAGCGCAUGGGCAUACUGAAGUUGCCAGGUUGAAGAGGUUGGAGAUGGUCGAGUGCGCGAGCGUGGGUCAGGAUGUUGUGCAGUGGAUCAAGGAGAGGGUGGAUGAUGUUGUGUGUGUUGAGAGUACGUUCGAUCGCAGACGGCCAAGCAGUCCGCCGUACGCUUAUAUAUGA